AUGCGUUCCAUACUGGGAGGCGCAUUGCGCCCAUAUAUAUGCACAUCAUGCAAACGCGGCCUUCAGUCACAACGGAAGAGGUUUGCGUCCAGUCUUUCGCGGCAACCUGAUAUCUAUGACAUCGUGUGCGUUGGAGGGGGACCGGCUGGCCUAGCUCUACUGGCUGCGUUGAGAUCCUCUCCGAUCACCUCCAAGCUCAAAGUCGCACUCGUCGAAAGCCAGGAUAUCACCAAGGCCAAAAGCUGGAAACUCGACUCUGAUCACUUUUCCAACCGUGUCAGCAGUCUCACACCUUCGUCCGUGGCAUUCUUGAAAAGCAUUGGCGCAUGGGACCAUGUCGACACUUCUCGGGUCCAACCAUAUGAAGAAAUGGAGGUGUGGGAUGGAGUGACGGGCUCGAAUAUUUCGUUCAACUGGCCAGCUGGAUUGAUAGAUCAUGACGCCUCGUCGAAAACAAUUGCUACGAUGACGGAGAAUGCGAAUCUGAUACGCGGUCUAUUAUCACGCAUUGAGUCACUCGGUGAUGAUGUCUCCAUCUUCUCUUCAACGAAGGUGACGUCUAUCAGCAACGGUACGGAUAACCCGGAUGGACCUGAUCUUUCGUCGUGGCCAGUCCUCACGUUAUCCCCAUCAUCUUCAACUGAGAACAGCCCUGAGCUCCCUACCAUUGCUGCCCGGCUUCUAGUUGGUGCAGAUGGCAUCAAUAGCCCUGUACGCUCCUUUUCCGGCAUAUCUACGGACGGAUGGGACUAUGAUCGACACGGCAUAGUUGCCACGCUGAAGCUCUCUCCCUCAACAUAUUCCUCGCCCAUGCCGGUGACCGCAUACCAACGAUUCCUACCUGGAAUUGGCGGUCCAGUCGCCAUGCUACCUCUUCCAAAUAACCAUGCAACCCUCGUCUGGUCUACCACCGUCCAGAACGCUGCAUACCUCAAAUCUCUAUCCCCCGAGGCAUUCACAGCAAUGGUAAACGCUGCGUUCCGCCUCUCCAUAACAGACUUGAACUAUAUGUUCUCCCUACCGUCCAGCCAAACAGAAGCUGCAGAGACUCUUUACGACCACGGAGACGAGCUCUCUUGGCGACUUGAACAUACCUCCGUCCCUUCCUUUGUACCGCCAGAAGUAGAGACUGUCCACUCUAAUACUGUUGCGGCUUUCCCGCUACGAUUCCGGCAUGCAUCCACUUAUAUUUCACCGCGCGUGGCACUCGUAGGGGAUGCAGCCCACGUCAUCCAUCCCCUUGGAGGUUUAGGUUUAAACCUGGGCGUUGGGGAUGUCAUCUCCCUCCACCGUGCGAUUGAAUAUGCUAUUCAACAUGGAAUGGAUAUUGGAGCUUUGUUAAGCUUGGAGCAGUACGCAGCUGAUAGGUGGAUAACUAAUGCCAGCAUUGGAGGUGCUUGCGAUCUUCUACAUAAGGCUUAUAAUGUUCCUGGAUACGGGCCGUUUGCGUGGGCAAGAGGUGUCGGGCUAGACACGGUAAAUGGCUUGUCGGCACUGAAGGGGAUGAUAAUGAAACGGGCUUCCACUGCGUGA